UGCUCUCCCUUCCCCAACACCUUCAGCGGGGAGCGUUUGCUGCGGCGCCAUCACCCAGGUCCUGGAAGAGGGGUAGUGAGCGCGUCUAAUCCGAGCCGCCAUACCAAAGACACAUUUAUUGCCUCUCUCCAGGGUGGAGAAAGCAGAGUUAAAGAGGGGGUCGGGAGGAAAUACGCGCCGUGCUCUUGCUCGAGCUGGACUGUUUCCUGGAAACCUGACUGCUUGCCGGUCUUGAUCUCUUCGCGUAGCGAAGAGCCCUCCUCCUCUGAGAAUGUCAAGCUCAGGCUAUCCUCCGAACCAAGGAGCGUUCAGCACGGACCAGAACCGUUAUCAGACGCACUCGGUCCAGUAUACGUUUCCUGGCGGCCGACACCAGCAGGAGUUUGCUGUUCCUGAAUUCCGUGCUUCUCACCUGGAAGUCAGCCAGGCUACCCAGCUCCUGCAGCAACAGCAGCAGCAACUUCGUCGCCGGCCCUCUUUGCUGUCUGAAUAUCAUCCUGGCUCCGAUAGGCCUCAGGAAAGGCGAUCUGGCUACGAGGCACAGUUUCAUCCCGGCCCGUCGCAAGCUGAUCAUGAUGCACUGGAUCCAAAGAGGCCACGCCUGGACCAAAUGUCCGACUCCCACUACCAGCGGGUCAGUGCCACAGCGGUCCUGCCGUUAGCCCACCAGCUGCAAGAGGGUUUACGGUCGUCUGACCUAAAGAAGGAGUCUGCUUUCGGAGGCAAGCAUGAAGGGCCGCCGUCCCCGAUGUCGGGCCAGCCAUGCGGAGACGACCAGAACGCGUCUCCGUCCAAGCUGUCGAAGGAAGAGCUGAUCCAGAGCAUGGACCGGGUGGACCGGGAGAUUGCCAAAGUGGAACAGCAGAUCCUCAAGCUGAAAAAGAAACAACAACAACUCGAAGAAGAAGCCGCUAAGCCCCCAGAGCCGGAGAGGCCCGUCUCCCCUCCUCCUGUGGAACAGAAGCAUCGCAGCAUUGUCCAGAUUAUUUAUGACGAGAAUCGGAAGAAAGCUGAAGAAGCUCACAAGAUCUUUGAAGGCCUCGGCCCCAAAGUUGAACUGCCACUGUACAACCAGCCAUCGGACACAAAAGUGUACCAUGAAAACAUCAAAACGAACCAAGUCAUGAGAAAAAAGCUGAUCCUCUUUUUUAAGAGAAGGAAUCACGCCAGGAAACAGCGGGAACAGAAGAUCUGUCAGCGUUACGAUCAGCUCAUGGAAGCCUGGGAGAAGAAAGUGGACCGGAUAGAGAACAACCCUCGCAGGAAGGCAAAAGAGAGCAAGACACGAGAAUACUACGAGAAGCAGUUCCCGGAGAUCCGGAAGCAGAGAGAGCAGCAAGAGAGGUUUCAAAGGGUCGGUCAGCGAGGGACCGGCCUUUCGGCGACCAUUGCUCGGAGCGAGCACGAAAUCUCGGAGAUCAUCGACGGGCUGUCAGAACAGGAGAAUAACGAAAAGCAAAUGCGGCAGCUCUCGGUCAUUCCUCCCAUGAUGUUUGACGCGGAACAGAGGCGCGUGAAGUUCAUCAACAUGAAUGGGCUGAUGGAAGACCCCAUGAAGGUCUACAAGGACAGGCAGUUCAUGAACGUCUGGACCGACCACGAGAAGGAGAUCUUUAAAGAAAAGUUUGUCCAGCACCCUAAGAACUUUGGCUUAAUUGCAUCCUACUUAGAAAGAAAGAAUGUUCCAGACUGUGUUUUGUAUUACUAUUUAACCAAGAAAAAUGAAAACUACAAGGCCCUUGUGCGAAGGAACUAUGGCAAGCGGCGAGGAAGGAACCAGGUGCGUUGCGUUGAGUGUUGCGAGCCGCUGGUUUUCUCACGACUGAAAAAGCAACAAAUCACGCGCCCUUCCCAAGAAGAAAAAGUUGAGGAAAAAAUAGAGGAGGAGAAGGCCGAGAAAUCAGAGAAAAGAGAAGAAGAGAAAAGAGAUGACGAGGAGAAAGACGAGAAGGAAGACUCCAAAGAGAAUAUCAAGGAGAAGGACAAGAUUGAAGUUGUUCCUGAGGAGCCUGAGGAGAGGGAGCAGGCGGCCCCGCGGGGCCGGAAGACCGCCAACAGCCAGGGGCGCCGGAAGGGGCGGAUCACCAGAUCGAUGACGAGCGAAGCGGCUGCGGCCAAUGCUGCUGCUGCCGCGGCGGCCGAGGAGCCCCCGCCCCCACUGCCACCCCCUCCUGAACCUUCUUCGGCAGAGCCGGUGGAGACCUCCCGCUGGACAGAAGAAGAGAUGGAAGUUGCAAAAAAAGGGUUGGUGGAACAUGGGCGCAACUGGGCAGCCAUUGCCAAGAUGGUGGGGACGAAGAGCGAGGCCCAGUGUAAAAACUUCUACUUCAACUAUAAAAGGCGGCACAAACUCGACGAUCUCUUGCAGCAGUACAAGCAAAAGUCUUCUCGAAGGCCCCGCGAGGAGCGCGAGGUGUCCCAGUGCGAAAGCGUGGCGUCAACGGUCUCUGCACAGGAAGAUGAGGACAUCGAAGCAUCCAACGAGGAAGAGAACCCAGAAGACAGCGAGGGUGUGGACAAUAGCUCUGAUACCGAGAGCGCGCCAUCUCCUUCCCCGGUGGAGGCUGCCAAGCCCUUGGAAGACGCCCCUCCCGAGAACAGUUCUGCUUCCAGGAUGACCGCUGAGGUGGCAGCAGUGGAGCAGGAACCUGCUGAGAAAGUGGCGCCCAGUGCAUCCCCUCCCUUGGCAGCUCAGAGUGCGAAGCCAGCUGGAAACGAGAGUCCCGAGCUGCAGGUGAAAGAAGAGGUGGCAACCGAGGUGGAAGAACCCAUGGAGAUGGAGAGCGGGAGCCAGCCAGCUGAUAUUAAGCCUGUCCUUCCUGCGCACCCCAAAACGGAGCCUGUGGAUGCCGAAGCAAGGCUCCUGGAAGACGUCCAAGUAAAGAUGGAGAACGCUGCCAAAGAGAGGGAAGAGGAGAUGGGCAAAGAGAAUCUGGAGCGGCUGGAAGGGAUGGACUUCAACCUGGCACAAGAGGCCAGUCCCCAGAGGGUGGGCCCCACCUCGGACAAUGAUUCAAGCGCCACUUGCAGUGCCGACGAAGACGUGGACGGAGACCCCGACAGGCAGAGAAUCUUUACGAUGGACUCGAAGCCGUCCCUGUUGAACCCCACCGGGCCCCUCCUUGUAUCGCCUGCGAUAAAACAAGGCUCGAUGGACUUGCAGCAACUUCAGCAUCGGGCGGCUGUCAUACCCCCCAUGGUCUCUUCGACGCUGCAAGGGAUGACGAUGAGCGGGUACACGCUCUUCCAGGAGCACAUCAAAGCCAUGCACAAGUCCACCAUGCUGGAGGAGCAGCAGCGGCAGAGGCAAGAGCAGAUGGAGGUGGACUGCUGCAGGUCUGCCAGCCCCUGCGGCCCAUCCAAGAGCCCAAACGUCGAAUGGGACGGGAAGUCUGUUGCCUACAUGCCUUAUGCUGAUGUCAAGCGUGCCAUGGAACAGGAGGCGCAGAUGCAGAAUGCGGCAGUGAGAUCGGCCUCGCCAUAUCGCUUGUCUCCGAGGGAGGUCAGCAAGGUCUCCCCGCAGCCCGACAUGAACACUGCUCGUUACAGCGUCCCGCCAGUUCUCCAACCUGCUCCUCAUCAAGUAAUUACCAAUCUACCCGAAGGGGUCCGGCCCCCGACGACGCGGCCGACCAGACCGCCUCCUCCGCUGAUCCCAUCCUCCAAAACGGUGGUGCCCUCAGAGAAGCCUUCCUUCAUCAUGGGAGGAUCCAUCUCACAAGGAACGCCCGGCACUUACUUAACAUCCCACAGUCAAACAUCUUAUAGUCAAGAUCCAGUCAAGCCCUCUGUCGGGUCGAUCUCUUUGGGGCUGCCGAGGCAACAAGAGUCUGCCAAAUCAGCUCCCAUGCCCUACAUCAAACAAGAAGAAUUCUCCCCCAGAAGCCAGAACUCGCAGCCUGAAGGCCUCUUGGUCAGAGCCCAGCACGAGGGAGUGGUUCGGGGUACGGCAGCGACUGUCCAAGAAGGAAGCAUAACACGAGGGACUCCAGCCAGCAAAGUUUCCAUUGAAUCGAUGCCGACCUUGCGAGGCUCCAUCACUCAGGGGACGCCAGCUCUGUCACAGUCCGGGAUUGCGGCUGACGUGCUGCUGAAGGGAACCAUCACCCGGUUGGCCACGGAAGACAGCAGCCCGGAGAAGUCCCGGGAAGAGGCCGGCGCAUCCAAGGGCCACGUCAUUUAUGAGGGCAAGAGCGGGCACAUCAUAACCUACGACACCAUCAAGAAUGUCCGGGAGGGAACCCGGAGCCCACGGACAGCUCACGAGAUGGGACUGAAGAGGACGUACGAUGCUAUGGAAGGAAAUAUCAAGCAAGCGAUGUCGAUGAGGGAAUCCCCGGUCUCCGCCCCAUUAGAAGGCUUAAUCUGCAGAGCUCUUCCCCGGGGUAGCCCCCACUCAGAACUGAAAGAGAGGACUGUGCUGUCGGGCUCUAUAAUGCAAGGCACGCCGAGGGCAACAGCCGAGAGCUACGAGGAAGGCCUCAAGUACCCGAAGAUCAAGAGGGAGUCUCCGGCACCGCCGCGGUCCUUUGAAGGCGCCAUCACCAAGGGGAAGCCGUACGACGGGGUCACCACCAUCAAAGAGAUGGGGCGCUCCAUCCACGAGAUCCCUCGGCAGGACCUGCUCAGCCAAGAGAACCGCAAGACCCCCGAGAUUGUCCAGAGUGCCCGGCCGAUCAUCGAGGGCUCCAUAUCUCAGGGCACACCCAUCAAAUACGAGAGCGGUGCCGGCCAGUCAGCCAUUAAGCACAACGUCAAGUCCUUGAUCACCGGCCCCAGCAAGCUGCCUCGUGGGAUGCCGCCGCUGGAAAUGGUGACGGAGAACGUGAAGGCGGCAGAACGAGGAAAGUACGAGGAGGCCAAGCCCUCCGGGGACGUCCGUACCCGCCACACGGUGGUCAGCUCCGGGACCUCGGUCCUCCGGUCGACGCUCCACGAGGCUCCGAAGUCACAAGUGAGCCCCGGCAUCUACGAGGACGCCAACGCGAGGAGGACGCCAGUGAACUAUCAGAACAUGUCCAGGAGUUCUCCGAUGAUGAACAGAGUAGCGGAAGAUUUCCUUUCCGCAGCUGGCUUGUCUUCAGGGAAGUCUUCCAACCAUGAGAGGAAGUCCACUUUGACCCCGACGCAGAGGGAGAGCGUCCCCGCGAAAUCCCCUGUCCCCGGGGUGGAUCCCGUUGUGACUCAUAGCCCCUUCGAGCCCCACCAUCGCGGCUCCACUCCAGACGUCUACAGGAGCCACCUGCCGUCACAUUUGGACUCGGCGAUGCAGUUCCACAGGGCGCUGGACCCCACCACUGCCUACAUGUUCCAGAGGCAGCUCUCGCCCAGCCCGGGCUACCCGAGUCAGUACCAGCUCUACACCAUGGAGAACACAAGGCAGACCAUCCUCAAUGACUACAUCACCUCCCAGCAGAUGCAAGUCAACUUGCGGCCUGACCUGGCCAGGGGGCUCUCUCCCCGAGAGCAGACCUUAGCCCUCCCCUACGCGGGAGCCAGAGGAAUCAUUGACCUCAACAGCAUGGCUCCCACCAUCUUGGUGCCCCACCCAGGAGGUCCCAGCACCCCCCCGAUGGACAGGAUCACCUACAUCCCUGGAACACAGCUGGCGUUCCCCACCAGGCCUUACAACCCUCCCUCCAUGUCUCCAGGGCACCCUUCACACUUGGCAGCCUCUGGGGCGGCCAAUGCGGAAAGGGAAAGAGAGAGGGAGAAGGAACGGGAGCGUGAGAGGGAGCGUGAGAGGGAGAGGAUAGCCACCGUUUCCAACGAGCUCUACCUGCGUCCAGGCGCUGAACAGCCGGGCAGACCCAGCAGCCACGGCUACGUCCGCUCCCCUUCCCCUUCGGUCCGGAGCCAGGAGAACGUCAUCCAGCAGCGGCCCAGUAUCUUCCAGGGAUCUAAUGGGACGAGUGUGAUCACCCCGCUGGAUCCCUCCGCCCAGUUGCGCAUCAUGCAGCUUCCUUCUGGUGCUCCCACCAUAACCCAGGGCUUGCCCACGUCCCACUACAACACAGCUGCCGAUGCCCUGGCUGCCCUAGUGGAUGCCGCCGCCUCCGCUCCUCAGAUGGAAGUGGCCAAGUCAAAAGAGGGCAAGCACGACGGGGGCCGGAUGGAGGAGAACCUGGGCCGUAGAUCGGUAGUGAGUGAGCAACAGCAGCAGAUGGAGCAGAAGGCGUUGGAGGCGGAGAAAAGGGGGCCGCCGGGCCUCUACGCCACGUCCUUGUCAGGCUUUUCCAGCGGCAAGUCCCAAAGCCAGUCUUCUUCGGGCAUCUACUCGGAGGCUGGGAAGGACAAAGGCCCGCCUUCCAUCUCCAUAUACGAGAAGGAGCUGCGGACGCAUGGGAAGACCACCAUCACAGCCGCCAACUUCAUCGACGUGAUCAUCACGCGGCAGAUCGCCUCCGACAAGGACGCCCGCGAUCGCAUCUCCCAGAACUCGGAUUUGUCCUGCAGCCGUAUGUCUCCUUCGGCCGCCGCACACGUUCCUUCCUCCCACCGUUACGAACCCCCCAGAGAUGCCAUUGAAGUGAUCAGCCCUGCAAACUCGCCUGUCCCUCCCCAGGAAAAGAUGCAGACUUAUCAACAGGAACCCUCCAAAAUCAGCCAGGCAGAAAGAGACUGCAGCCGUCAGUACGAGGGACCGAUCCACUCUUACAGACCUCAGCAAGAUUCUCCGUCACCGCAGCAGCAGCAGCAACUGCCUCCCCCACAGGGUGACGGGAUGGGGCCUGUGCCACGAACUCACCGCCUCAUCACCCUCGCCGAUCACAUCUGUCAAAUCAUCACCCAGGAUUUUGCUCGCAACCAAACCUCUACGCAGCCAUCCCUCCAGACUCCCACUAGCACAUUCCAGACCUCUGCCCCAACUUCCAUCACCACCACAAACCGGGUGAAGGCCUCCAACCGCUACAGUCCCGAGGUCCAGGUCCAGUCUGCACCUCACCAGCGUCCUGGGUCCCGAGUGUCACCUGAAAACCUCUCGGAGAAAAACAGGGGAAGGCUUGGGAAGUCCCCUGAGCGGAGCCACGUUCCCUCCGAGUCCUACGAGCCGAUAUCGCCGCCCCAGGCCCCAGCCGUGCACGAAAAGCAAGACAGCCUCUUGCUCCUCGCCCAAAGAUCCGAGCCUCUGGAGCAGAGGACGGACUCUCGUUCUCCGGGGAGUAUGAGCUACCUGCCUUCGUUCUUCACCAAACUUGAGAGCACCUCGCCGAUGGUGAAGUCUAAGAAACAGGAGAUCUUCCGCAAAUUGAACUCUUGCAGUGGAGGUGACAAUGACAUGGCUGCUGCUCAGCCGGGGACAGAAAUAUUUAACUUGCCUGCGGUCACCACCUCAGGUCCAGUCAGUGCUCGAGGUCAUUCCUUUGCAGAUCCUGCCAGCAACCUGGGCCUGGAGGACAUCAUCCGCAAGGCCCUAAUGGGCAACUUCGACGACAAAGGGGAGGACCACGGCCUUGUCAUGGCCCAGCCCAUGGGCCUGGUCUCCGCCAGCACCAGCUCUGCCCUCCCGACAAGCAGCGAGGCCCGGAGGGAGGACGCUAACCCAUCCCCCAGUCCGGGCGGGGGAGUCAGCAAGCCAAAGCUGAUGGGGAAAUCUGGCAGCCGGAAGUCCAAGUCUCCCAUUCCUGGGCAAGGUUACUUGGGGGCGGAGCGGCCCUCGUCGGUCUCGUCGGUGCAUUCGGAAGGGGACUACCACAGGCAGACCCCGGUAUGGUCCUGGGAAGACCGGCCCUCCUCGACAGGAUCCACACAGUUCCCGUACAACCCCCUGACGAUGCGGAUGUUGAGCAGCACGCCGCCAACCUCCAUUGGCUGUGCCCCGCCGUCCGUCAGCCAGGCCGCCUCUCACCAGCCCAACAGGAUCUGGGAGCGCGAGCCCGCACCGCUCCUCUCGGCACAGUACGAGACUCUUUCGGACAGCGACGACUGAACUGAGCGGGUACAGCGAGGGGAAGGACCCUAUUUUUUAGAACUGAGUGAAGAUACUCUUUGGCGGGGUUGGAAGCUGUUGGGUAUUUUUUUUUAAAUGACAUGUCCCCCCAAAGACUUUCAAAGGAGAGCUGGGGACUGUGGGAGAUGAAGAAGUUGCAGGAAUCUGUUUUUUUUUUGGGGGGGGGGGAGUGGGUUUUGGGCAAUCCAGUCAAAAGAGUUUCCUUUCUACGCAAGCCUACAAGUGUGUGUGUGUGUGUGUGUGUGUGUGUAUGUGUGUGUGUGUGUGUGUGUGUGUGUGGAAAGCUCAGCACCUGGAAGAUAAAUAUGUAAAGAGGUGGGUUUUUUUAAAGAAAAAAGGAAAGGAUAUAAAAGGACCUAUUCCUGAGCGACAUCUUUUAUUUGUAAAGAGAACCCUACCAUAAUGUCUCUUUAAAAAAAAAUCAUUCUUAUGUAAAUAUUUUUUUUUCUGCUUUGUUUCCACUCCCCCCUCUAACCACCCCCCCAGCUCCUUUGCUUUAGAGUAUCUGGUGUACUUAUGUUUCAAAUCAUUGCAUAAAUGUUUUGGGGUCAUUUUAUAUAUAUAUAUAUAUAUAUAUAUAUAUAUAUAUAUAUAUAUAUAUAUUUUUUGUAAGAAAGCAAGCAUUUUCUCAAGCGUCGCGAUCCAGCUGGGACAUCUCCUACCUUUGCACCUGUUCAUUUCGAUGGGCGGAUGCGCAACGUGUUCCAGUUAACUUGCGCCCCAUCUUUGCGCAUCGUUGCCUGAUCUGUAGAGAGCUACUUCUCAUGUGUAGCCUCACACUUUCCCACCUAAUUCUAGUGACUUCCCCCCCUCCUUCUGUGGUUGUUCAAGACCUUGUGGGAAAGCAUUUUUAUUUUUAAAAAACUGACCCCCGUUAAAUGUGUCCUGUACAUUUUUUAAAAAACAAAAAAACUCAUCUGCUGGGGGGUAACGAGAUCUUUUUAAAUGAUUCUGCCACGCUGUAAAUGUUUUUUUCCCCCUCCCCAUAUGGUUGGGUUUUGUUCAGCAACACUGUGAAAAUAAUAUUGCAUGGGUACAUAAUGGUGAAGUUCCUUUCUCUCGCUCAAAUACACACACACAAGUGCGGCGAGACUUCUCUCAUCAGCUACACGGAAUUGCUUGAAUGGUGCCCUGGUCCCACUAAUCUCUGGCUUCAACCUUGUCUGCUGUUUUUAAAACCCAAUUGUUGCUUUGACAGGCAGCUGUAGUAAAUUUGUUUCCCUAAA